AAUUUCAAACCUGAUGCGAGUGCUGGGGACGGAAGCUGUUCAGGACCCAACAAAAGUUGAAGCUCACGUCAGAGCGCAGAUGGCAAAGAGACAGAAAGCUCACGAAGAAGCGAACGCUGCGAGAAAGCUCACAGCAGAGCAACGUAAAGCGAAGAAGGUGAAGAAGUUGAAAGAAGACGUCUCACAGGGAGUUCACAUCGCGGUGUACAGGGUCCGAAACUUGAGCAAUCCAGCAAAGAAAUUCAAAAUCGAGGCGAACGCUGGCCAGCUGUACUUAACGGGAGUUGUUGUUCUCCACAAAGACGUCAACGUGGUUGUGGUAGAAGGAGGUCCGAAAGCACAGAAGAAAUUCAAACGCCUUAUGCUUCAUCGAAUAAAAUGGGACGAGCAAACAUCGAACACAAAGGGAGAGGAUGAGGAUGAGUCUGAUGAGGAGUCUGUUAAGAAAACAAACAAAUGCUCUCUGGUUUGGGAGGGCACAGCAAAGGACCGCAGCUUCGGAGAAAUGAAAUUUAAGCAGUGCCCCACGGAGAACAUGGCCCGGGAGCACUUUAAGAAGCACGGCGCGGAGCACUACUGGGACCUGGCCCUGAGCGAGUCCGUGCUGGAGUCCACAGACUGAAGAGAGGGGGCCCCUGCCGUCUCCCCCUC